AUGAGACCGUUACGUUUCUCGGGUUGCGUCGGGCUCUGGGUAUAUUUACAGGCCGCCCUGGUUCUUCAAUUCAGUCAUGUUCCGGUGGUCACGGCCGUCGAGGUAGAGAUACCACUGAGGCCGGAUCUGAAGGACUACUUCAAAUUGAAUUUUAAAGCUUUCCUGGCCAUCGGUCACCAGAUUGAUAAGUUGAAGAUUAUCAGGGACCAGAAUUGCCCGACGGGGGACCCAUCGGACCUAGCUUAUCCCAAAAUCAUCGCCAAUGACCAUUUCUCCUCGUCGUUGAGUUAUAUGGUACGGAAACUGCGUCUUGCAGAAGAUCAGUUAUCCCAAGCUCUCAAACUCAUGCAAGAAUACUAUAUAUCCGAUCCUACGAAACUUAGGGAGUUACUGGGGAGAUAUAACUUUCAAGAUAUUACAACUGCAGAAGCUGCACGGGAUCAACUAGUCUUAUAUCGAGAACUCUUUGCUGAAGAUAUUCCAGUAUUUAGUCGCUUUUCGACAUGGUUAGAGAAGGUACCCGGUCAGACACAACCGCACGUGAAUGAUAUGACAAAGAACCUACUACAGCUAUCGUGGAAAAUCGAAGGAGCUACUGAGGCUGAUUUUACCAAAGACCACAAACUAAAAGUCGACACCGACGCACGGAACGCUACCCUCGAAAGAUUCCAAGACGUCGACUUUCGAGCAGAUAGUGGAAGAGCGGCUGCAAUAGCGGCAGCUCAGUGGGGGGAAGAAAAUCUGACCUAUCAGUUCAAGCAAUAUGCACAUAAUGACUUUCCAGUCGCCGCAGUCUUUCGAAAGAUGCAAAAGUGGUACGACUGCUGGGAAGCGCCAUUGUCCACCAUUGUGAGCGUGCUUGCCAACAGACUCGGCCCGUUUCCAAUAUGGGAAAGGGAAGACUGA